AUGCCAUUCCGCAACAAGAACCGCGUCGUCCAAACCCGGACUACAAAACCCACUCUGAUGACCCGUCUCCGUGGCCGCAAUGCCAAAACCCAAACCGUGAAGACCACGACUAAGAUCGAGCCCGCGUAUAAUCAUCACACGCAUGGCACACGUGCCACACAUACUCACGCUCCAGUCACGACUCGCCGCUCAAGAUGGGGAGGGAAUAGACGGGCGGCCCAUGGCCAUGGUCACAGUCAGCAGAUUGUUCAGCAUAGACGGCAUGCGAGCUUUGGCGAUAAAGUCAGUGGCGCUAUGAUGAAGUUACGCGGAAGCUUGACGAGACGACCGGGUCUUAAGGCUGCUGGAACAAGACGCAUGCAUGGCACAGACGGACGUGGAGGCCAUCAUGUAUAUUAG